CCGCUGUCAACUCUUCAACUCAGCUCAGCUGAUCGGUUGCCGCCGCCGCCGCCGCCAGAUUCCUGAGGCGAAGAACGCGAAGCUGAGAACAUGGACGUUAAUAUCGCCCCACUCCGCGCCUGGGACGAUUUCUUCCCGGGUUCCGAUCGCUUUGCCCGGCCAGACUUCAGGGACAUUUCCAAAUGGAACAACCGCGUGGUGAGCAACCUGCUCUAUUACCAGACCAACUACCUGGUGGUGGCUGCCAUGAUGAUUUCCGUUGUGGGGUUUCUGAGUCCCUUCAACAUGAUCCUGGGAGGAAUCGUGGUGGUGCUGGUGUUCACAGGGUUUGUGUGGGCAGCCCACAAUAAGGACGCCCUUCGCCGGCUGAAGAAGCGCUACCCCACGACGUUCGUUAUGGUGGUCAUGUUGGCGAGUUAUUUCCUUAUAUCCAUGUUUGGAGGCGUCAUGGUCUUUGUGUUUGGCAUUACUUUUCCUUUGCUGUUGAUGUUUAUCCAUGCAUCGUUGAGACUCCGGAACCUCAAGAACAAACUGGAGAAUAAAAUGGAAGGAAUAGGUUUGAAGAGGACACCGAUGGGCAUUGUCCUGGAUGCCCUAGAACAGCAGGAGGAAGGCAUCAACAGACUGACUGACUAUAUCAGCAAAGUGAAGGAAUAAACAUAACUUACCUGAGAUAGGGUUACAGCAGAAAUUGAGUUGCAGUUUGCCCUUGUCCAGACCUACUUUCUACUUGUGUUUUUGAAAUAGGAGGUGCACGUACCACCCAAUUAUCUAUGGCAGCAUGCAUGUAUAGGCUGAACUAUUAUCAGCUCUGAUGUUUCAGAGAGAAGGCCUCAGAAACUGAAAGAAAACCACCACCCUCCUAUUGUAUCUGAAGUUUCACGUGUGUUUAUGAAAUCUAAUGGGAAAUGGAUCACACGAUUUCUUUAAGGAAAUAAAAAAAAUUAUGGCUUUUACAGCAACAAUACUGUUACAGGAAUAAAAAAAUUGUCAAGUAUCAAGACCAUACAAGUAAAUGAAAAGGCUGUUAAAGUAGAUGACAUCAUGUGUUAGCCUGUUCCUAAUCCCCUAGAAUUGCAAUGUGUGGGAUAUAGAUUAGUUUUUAUUAUUCUCCUUUAAAAAUCAAAGAUGAUCUCUAUCACUUUGCCACCUGUUUGAUGUGCAGUGGAAACUGGUUAAGCCAGUUGUUUAUACUUCGUUUACAAAUAUAAAGAUAGCUGUUUAGGAUAUUUUGUUACAUUUUUGUAAAUUUUUGAAAUGCUAGUAACGUGUUUUCACCAGCUGGUAACUGUUGCAAACUUAAUGUCAUUUUCCUUAAGAUGGUUACAGCUAUGUAACCUGUAUUAUUCUGGACAGACUUGUUAAAAAACAAACAGACAAAAAAUAAAACAAAACGAGUUCUAUUUACCUUGCACAUCUUUUGUUGUUACAGUGAAAAAAAAAAUGGUCUAAGAAAAUGUUUCCCAUUUUUGUAUUAUUUAGUUUUUAACUGGAACAUUUAGAAAGAAGGAAAUAAACGUGCAUUUUAUUAAUUCCUUAGAGACACAAAGAGGACAAUAAUAGCUGAUCUUUUGAAAGUUGAAAAACGUCUUUAGAUGACCAAGCAAAAAGACUUUAUAAAAUGGUAAUGAAAAUGGAAUGCAGCUACUGCAGCUAAUACAAAUUUUAGAUAGCAAUUGUUACAACCAUAUGCCUUUAUAGCUAGACAUUAGAAUUACGAUAGCAUGAGUUUAUACAUUCUAUUACUUUUCCUCCCUUUCUCAUGUUUUUAUAAAUAGGUGAUAAAAAUGUUUUGCCUGCCAAUUGAAUGAUUUCUUAGAUGAAGUAGAAACAUUUAGGUUUCCGUUGCAUUAAAUUGUGAAGACAACUGGAGUGGUACUUACUGAAGAAACUCUCUGUAUGUCCUGGAAUAAGAAGCAAUGAUGUGCUGCUUCUGAUUUUUCUUGCAUUUUAAAUUCUCAGCCAA